GUCAAGGUCAACUGGCAGACAACGUUCAAACCAGCGACCGCAUUUCAAACCAAUCCCUCUCCUCAUCACAUACACACAGCUCAACACCAUGACCGCAGAACAACUCACCUCGCAACUGUCAUCGUUGUCCGUUCAGGAUUCAGAACACCUCGAAGAACUGAUCGAAUGUGCCCGGUAUGGCGAACUCGAAGAGAUCCAGGCCGUCGUCGAGUCCUCAGGACCUGAGAAGGCCAAAGUUCUGUUGUCGCACCAGGGCGAGUAUGGAAAGACACCCCUGCACAUGGCUGCCGCUAACGGACACAUUGCAGUAAUUGAAGAGCAUCGGAAGCAGGAUACGAGAGGAUCAGAGGCAGAAUACGAGACCUUCGAUCUUGCCAAGCGUGUUAGCGACAAUGUUGUCGAAUACUUGAUCUCAAUCAUCUCACCAGAGGCCAUCAACAUCCAGAACGAGCAAGGAAACACGGCUCUCCACUGGGCUGCAACCAACGGCCACGCCAAGGUUGUUGAGACCCUCAUUACUAAGGGCAAAGCAAACUACAAACUCAAGAACGCAGCAGGACACACCGCGAUGCUGGAGGCUGAGAUUCAUGAGCGUGAGCAGGUCGUCGCAUGGAUGUUGAUCAACACCGAGCCCGAGGAGGAGCUCAAGGAGGGCAAUGAUAACAAUGAUGAGGAUUCAGAUGAGGAUGAGGACGAGGAUUCGGAUGAGGAGGAGGAGGAGACGAAGGAUGAUAAGGCUGCUCAGGGAUCUUCAUCAACACCAAAGGCAUAGAAAACUAGAGCAAACAGAAAGGAAGAUCAAUUGAGAAUAGGAUCAGCAUACCGCCCAGCAUGAUACAUAAGUAAUAUUUGGCAAAAACAAUCUACUAUAUAAAAUAGCAAUUGCAUACAAAUCUGGUAACUCCACAUUACUCCAUACCUUUUCACGUACUCGCAAAGACCCUUUAUCCACGUACAAGUUGAAAGCUGGAUAGAGGAUGCUCUGCCAUGUCGCGUAGACCUCUCUCUCACAUAGACUCGAUGCACUCGAAGGGCCAGAAAAAUAAAAAAUCUUUUC